UCGCUCCAUCUCAUGGCCGGUGGUAACAAGAAAAAGAAGAAGCCGGCAGCAAACCCAGCGAGAGGCUUUGCAACGACCUCUGUUGCGUCCAAACCUCGCUUGGAAGUGGUGGAUGUAGGAUUACAAUCCUCUUCAGGCGUCAACACUCCAAAGAAUGCCCCUCCAGCCGCCUCAGAAGUUACCCCACAAGCUUCAACGCCAGCCGAACAGCACAGCGAACGGGCACAAGCCAAGGAAGCUGUGCUCAGCCCCGAAGAGUUCGAACGACAGCUCGAAGAAUCCGAACUGCAGCUAUUUGUAGAAAAGUAUUCCCAGAAAGUGAAGCGAGAUGCACAGCGCCAAUGCUCCCGGCUCGAGACCGACCGACGCCUGCUUCGGAGCCAGGCAGAGACCAUCAAUACACCAAAAUGGCUACCCCGGGAGUUGAUGGACCACAUUCUCGAUCUGAUCAAGGCAGAAAGUCGCUUUUAUGCAUCUAGUUUGUCGUCUGAGAAUGCGGGGCCUGGAAAGAUGCCAUCUGAAGAAGAUUUAGUAUCACGCAUAUGGACCUUGCGGCAAGCUCUGUCUGGGGCAGCAUUUUCGGAGAGCGUUGUUGAGAGCACUAUACAACACAUUUUGGACAUCGCGCCAAAUAUCUCAUCUGCCCCUCGGGACUAUAUAUGGGGAUUAGAGGAAGCCCUGGAAUGGCUUGCUCGUGAAACCCCUCUCGAGGAGCUUCCUACGUAUGGGAAUAGGACCAAACCGAACCUUAAAGACUCUGCGGACAAUACAUCCGCAACUCCUUCUCGCACAGGCACUCCCAAACUGAUCGCAGCUGAAGCUGGCCGGAAUGAAAUAAGCAACACACCGAGUAACCGCCAGGGUAAAUCCCGUUCGCCCCCAAAGGCACCUAUCGCAACGUUCGAUGGCGAAAUUGAGCCCGAAGAGUUAAUACCAGAAUAUGUCGCUACGAAGAAAAAGCUACUCGAAUUGAGCCGUAUGGAGAAGAAAGGGCCGCAGUCCAAAUCCACCACGCAACAAGCCAAAGAUGACGAGACAGACUCGACAGUGGCCGUUCUGGAAUCCAAAUUGAAGAAAAUAGAAUCUGAUAUUCUUUUUGAUAAAUUCUUGGCAGAGCAGGAAUGGAAGAAGGAGAAGGUUGUCUUGGAAAAACAACUGGCUUUGGUCAGAAAGAACCCUGUUGUUGAUACAGAUAGCCAGCUCCACUCGGAAGAUCCUGCGUCUGAGGUCGCUGAAGAUGAUGAUAUCGCUGCUAUAGCUGAGAAAAUGGCUAAAGACAUCCUGGCUGAGAAUGCUGAAGAUGAUGAUAUUGCAGGCUUGUUUGAGUCUCUUCCACAAAGCGAGGUAAACCCGGCUACGGGGAAGCUCCAGACUGUGGUUAACUCUUCAGACGGUACCAAACUUUUCAUCCGAGAGUUUGCCAAAUGGACAGGCGUCACCCCGAAACGAAUAUUAGAAGAAGCCUGUCGCUCAAGGGAUCCUUCUGUUAAUAUUAGGUACACGGUUGUUUCCGAAGCUUCAUUUGCCAAUCGUCAUUCUGUGGAUAUUUUGUGGUCCAAGACACAGGAGCUUCCUCAUGUCAUUGCAAGCUCAGAUGUCGAGGCAACAAUUGAUCCCACGCAUUUCACAUUUACUAUGACUAAUGUCGCCACACCUGAUAUGAAGCAGUCAGAGGCUUAUAUCGCUACAGUGGCCCUGUUUCAUACAUUCAAUAGCAAUCCAAAGGAUGAAAAGGUCAACCUCAAACUUCAUCCUGUCUGGCGUGACUUCUGGUCUGAGAUGGCCGAAGCCAAGAAGUCCCAUCUCGACGCGCAGGAUCGACUGGUUGUGAAGCAAAUCAAAGCUCUUGUCCGCCAAAGACAGGACCAAGAGCUUGAAGAUGGCGUCGUUCUACAGGGUGCGUUCCGAGGUCGCAAUAAUGGCAAGGCCUCUUCAGAUGGAGUUGAAUCAGGGCACGCUGAGCGGACGAAGCACAUUGAAAUCGAUGAAAAUUUGAAGAAAAUGUGGGCCUUAAAGUCAAGUAGAAAGAAGUACGAGGCUAUGCUGCAAUCUCGAGUCCAGCUUCCAAUGUGGAAAUUCAAGGGCGAAGUUCUCAACGCUGUGGAUAAUAAUCAGGUGAUAAUAAUCUGCGGCGAGACUGGUUGCGGUAAAAGCACCCAGGUACCGGCCUUUUUGCUGGAGCAUGAACUGUCACAGGGUAAACAGUGUAAGGUUUAUUGUACAGAACCUCGUCGUAUAUCUGCCAUAUCUCUCGCCCGUCGAGUAAGCGAAGAGCUGGGCGAUGAGAAGGGCGACUUGGGGACUUCUAGAUCCCUUGUUGGCUAUUCUAUCCGCCUUGAAUCCAACACAUCCAAAGAAACACGGCUUGUAUAUGCCACCACCGGAAUUGUCAUGAGAAUGCUCGAAGGUUCCAACGAUCUCCAUGAAGUCACACAUUUAGUGCUUGAUGAGGUACAUGAACGCUCCAUUGAUAGCGACUUCCUUCUCAUUGUUCUUAAACGCCUCCUCAAACGCCGCAAAGACUUGAAGGUUAUUUUGAUGUCUGCGACUGUGGAUGCUGAGCGGUUUUCUGCAUAUCUAGAUGGCGCGCCUGUUCUAAAUGUUCCAGGAAGAACCUUCCCGGUGCAGGUCCGCUACCUAGAAGAUGCUGUUGAACUUACCGGCUAUGUUCCUAGCACGUCGGAAUCCGAUCGACUAGUUGAUCUCGAUGACGAUGCUCCUGAGGCGACUGAAGUAGAUGGCUUGAAAUCUGAGAUAGCACAGAGCCUCACUGGUUACUCAAACAGAACCAAGGCCGUUCUUGCUCAGAUGAACGAGUACCAGAUCGAUCUUGAUCUCAUUGUGGAACUCAUCGCUCGAAUUGCUACCGACGAAUCACUACAAGAGUACAGCAACGCAAUCUUGGUCUUUUUGCCCGGCAUUGCAGAUAUCAGAUCGCUAAAUGAUAUGCUAUUGGGAGAUCCUCGAUUCGCCCAGACUUCGCUUGUCUAUCCUCUCCACUCCACGAUUGCCAUGGAAGACCAGGAAGCAGCUUUUCUUGUACCACCCCAAGGGCUGCGAAAGAUUGUGUUAGCGACGAAUAUCGCUGAAACUGGUAUUACUAUUCCGGAUAUCACUUGCGUGAUCGACACAGGAAAGCAUCGUGAAAUGCGCUUCGAUGAGAAGAAGCAGCUUUCUAGGCUGAUUGAUACUUUCAUAUCGAGAGCAAAUGCCAAACAGCGUAGAGGACGAGCUGGCCGAGUGCAAAAUGGACUAUGCUUCCAUAUGUUUACUCGGUAUAGGCACGAUACUCUUAUGAGCGAUCAGCAAACUCCAGAGAUGCUUCGACUUUCCUUGCAAGACUUGGCCAUUCGAGUCAAGAUAUGUAAGAUAGGGGGCAUCGAGGAGACGUUGGGCGACGCUUUGGACCCCCCCUCAGCGAAGAACAUACGUCGCGCAAUCGAUGCGCUUGUGGAUGUUCGUGCUUUGACUGGCGCUGAAGAUCUUACACCACUUGGUUAUCAGCUGGCAAGAUUACCUCUGGAUGUUUUCCUAGGAAAACUCAUCCUAUUGGGCUCGAUUUUUAAAUGCCUGGAUAUGGCCAUCACUGUCGCUGCAAUUCUAUCAUCCAAAUCGCCGUUUUCUGCCACUUUCGGACAGCAACAGCAGGCAAAUAAUGCCAGGGCCGCUUUCCGUCGCGCAGAUUCGGAUGUGCUCACAACCUAUAACGCAUACUUGGCGUGGAAGAGAGUGUGCCAGUCGAGCGGGAACAUGGGUAAAGAAUUUCAAUUCUGCAGGAAGAAUUAUCUCAACCAGCAGACACUCACGAAUAUAGAGGAUCUGAAGGGUCAGCUUCUAACCUCUCUUGCUGACUCUGGGUUCUUGUCAUUGACAGAGGAAGAGCGACGGGGCCUCUUGAAGCUGCGAUAUUCUUCAGGUGGACGCGGCCGCCGUCAACAACAAUUCGUUGAUGUGCCUCAGCGAGUAAAUCUCAACAGCGAUAACGACUUGGUUUCGACUUCUGUUAUAGCAUGGAGCUUCUACCCUAAGCUUCUCGUCAGAGAUGCUCCGGGCUCGAAAGGACUUCGCAACAUAGGAAACAACCAGUCCAUAAGCCUUCACCCAACUUCGGUCAACCGUGCUCUGUUCGAUGUGAGAUGGCUGUCUUACUACACCAUAAUGCAAACGAAAUCGGUUUACCGCGCACAGGAGACCAGCGCGACAGAGCCCUUCGCGAUAGCACUACUGUGUGGUGACGUGCGCUGCGAUCUCUAUUCCGGCGUUAUAGUAUUGGACGGAAACAGGGGUCGUUUUGCCAUCCCUGAUUGGAAGACGAUGCUCGUUAUCAAAGUGCUGCGUACGCGACUGCGCGAGCUGCUUAACAGAACUUUCAGGCAACCAGGGAAACUGCUCACAGCACAGCAGGAGAAAUGGUUCGACGUGUGGCAACGUCUGUUUUCCCAGGAUUUCAAUCAAGACAAGACUGUAGGCACCGUGAGCCUAUAACCUUUUGGCCUGAGUAGGCAUCUUCUUUUUCUUCUUCUCUUCACUGGCUGGGUAAUGGACUCGGCUUGCAGCUUUCAGACGCAAAAUUAGAAACAGUGGGACACCACACUGGAGGUUAUCAGGAUAGGCAUGUCCGUCUAGGCGAAACGGUUAGAAUCGCGAUUUACAUCGAAAGUAGGAACAAAGGUAGUGCCUGGUUUAGGCACGCGGUAGAUUUGAUUCUAUCAUAUAAAUAGGAGAAUUACUAUGACUCCUUGUUGCGCACAUACAUGUAAAUAAUGUGUACCAUAUCAGAGCUAAGCUAAGAAUUGUAGUAGGGUAUAUAGAUACUGUAAUAUAACGCGCGGUUACGGGUACCCGAGCAUUAAAA